GUUGUAAAUAAAUGAAAUUUCACGAAACAAAACCCUAAUUUCAUCGAUUCAGUUUGGGCCUCAAAAAUACAUCUCCCCCCCCCCCUUUUAUCUAUUCGCAUCCAACUCUCUCAUCCUUCGACCUCCAUCGUUCGAUCCAUCUUCCCCUUGCAUUCAACCCAGGACUUUAUUUGGCUACAACAAUGUCUCCUGCAUCCAAGUCCAAGUCGAAAGAUAAAAAAUCCAGCAAGGAAUCUCAGAAGGCUUCUUCAAAGCCUUCUGGACCUGCUAAUGCUGUUAGUGGUGUUCCAGCCAGUGCAUAUAAUCCACUUCUGGGAACAUUCCAUACCAUUGAAACAGUGCCAUCAUCGUCUGCUUCACCUCUUCAAAGCAAUGGGCGUUUCCGGAACAUUGAUGAAACAGAUGAGCAUUUGGGGGGCUCACUUGGAGCAGCGGUUGAGUAUGAUUCCAUAUCUAAUAAUGGUAGCUGGUCAGGUGAGUCGGAAGAGCACAAAGAGAAAACAUCAAAUCUUCCUGUCCGACAGGAAAUAAUACCGGGAGCUGACAAUGAUAAGCGAGAAAAAAUCCGUCAAAAGAAUGAGAAGAAACAUCAACGUCAGAAGGAGAGGCGAGCACAGGAGUUGCAUGAGCGGUGCAGUGGCUAUCUCAUGUCGAGAAAGCUUGAAGCACUUGCUCAGCAGCUUGUAGCAAUGGGAUUUUCACAUGAUCGGGCUACAAUGGCUCUUAUUUGCAAUGAAGGCAAAGUGGAGGAAUCUGUGGCAUGGCUUCUUGAAGGAAGUGAAGAAGCAGUUAAGCAUAAGGAAUCAACUAUUGAUGGUGGAAACUUGAAAAUUGACAUAUCAGAAGAGCUUGCACGAAUUGCUGACAUGGAAAUCAGGUACACGUCCACAAAGCAGGAGGUUGAAAGAGCAGUUGUUGCUGCUGAAGGUGAUCUUGAGAAAGCAGCAGAAUCCUUAAGAUCUUUAAAGGAGGAUCCACCUGCUCCACCAAAGCCAGAAGAAAUUUGUGAUCAACCGACUGCUAGUACCAAUAAGGUGUCAGUUGCAGGUAGUCAGAACAUAUCCUUAAGGCCACAAUCAAAACCAAAUCUAUCUACUGCAACACAACAAAGAAGGGACGAGAAAGAUUUUAACUAUGCAAAAGCACCAGUUACAGUGGUAAGUUCUUCAGAUUUAAUGAGUAAAACUUUUCAGCCAUUGAAGAGAAUACAACCGAAGUUGGAAUGGGCAAAACCCCAACAAACUGCAGUACCAGCAGAGAAAAGUUGGCCAAGUUCUGGAUCAAAUCCUCCUGUUUCCUACUCCUUGGCAUCACCUUUGCAGGCCUCACCACCAGCAAAGACAGAAAGUCAUAAUGUGGCUGUUGGAAGUGAUUUUAAGAAAUUUCAGCCCUCAAUUAGGGAACCAGUUAUAAUGAUGCAGCGACCUCAAUCUGUAAAUACAAAGCAGGUUCCAGCUACUAGUAUAAGCUCAUCUCCUCCUGGAUCAACCCCCUUUAUGUAUCCGGCGAGUAGCGUUGAAAUCUCAAAGUCUAAUGGGUUGUUGCCCUAUAUUGCAACUGCUAGAAGCCUUAGUUCCAACAACUUGAGUUCGAAUCAGAUGCAUCAUCAGCUUUACCAUCCACCGCAGCAGCACUUGCCAGGCAGCAGUAGUCCAGGAGAUUCUCCAGGUACUAGUCGUGGAAAUGGUUUAUGGAGUAGAACAGGUGCGUCACCAACAUUAUCUGCUGCAUCUUCACUUGGACUUUUCGCUGGACCAGGUUCUACGACGUCAUCAGGAGCCACUUCUCCAGUUGACUGGAGCAGUGGUAGCUCCAUGGCACAGUUGGAUUAUACCAAUAUUGAUUGGAGCUUGGAUCGGGGGUUGUCUUCUUCUCCAAGACCUGGUGGAAUUUGGCUAGGAUCGACAUCUCCGUUGAAGAGCACUCACAUAUAUUAUCCUAAUACAAGUGGACUAAGUGCGAAACCUGCAAUGAGAUUGACAUCCAGUGGUGGUGGUUUGCCGAUUGCAGGUUUGCAGGAUGUAGUGGCUCCUACAGAAGCUUCUCCAACUGCAGGCUCUCAUGAGUGGACUUCGCCAUUUGAAGGGAAAGAUCUUUUUAGCCUACCCAGGCAAUAUGUUUCAUCUCCCACACUGUAGGGCGAGGAAAAUAUUUUAUGAAAUAAAAAUGAAA